UUUAAAGGCACAGGGGUGUUUUUUUUUUGUCUGGGGGAGUAAUCAGUUUUUGUAACCCUGAUCCGGUGGAUAUAUGACAGAAAUCAAAAGUGAACUGCCUUAUCGAAUGUGUUGAUCCUAGUGGCUGAUCCUAGUCUGUGACUUUCACAUCGAAGGCCGUACUCUUGGAAGUAUAGAUCGAAUUACACGGUGUUUGUAGCUAUGGAUCGCAACGCAGAUUCAGAUGAAUAUACUGGCCAACAAGAGCAACAGUCGGGUACCCGACCCAAUCCUCAUUUGCUCCGCAUAACAGGUCCAGAAACACGACAUGAACGAUCCUGGAGGGUUGACGGAGCGUCACGAGGUGUUGUUGGCGGACAGUCAAACGGGAAUAACUUAACAUGGACUCGAUCAAGUAAUCACAGCGCCGCUCCGGCUGCUGGCUCCUGGAGGAACAUCAACAGGGAAGCAAGUGGAGGUGCUCGGCCCAAGGAUAGCAAUACGUCUUGGAGGAGAAACAAUUUAGAGAAAGAAGGAGACUCAAAGACUCAAAUAGAACGUCAGGAAACGUCAAACUGGCGACGUGGUAGAGCAGAGCGUCAGGGAGAAGGGACAACGGAACAGCCAAGGGACACUUCUACGAUCAGUUGUGACUUCUUCAGACGGCCAGGUAAACCGAUGAACAGCAGGGCAGAGCGUCAGGGAGAAGGGACAACGGAACAGCCAAGGGACACUGCUACGAUCAGUCGUUACUUCUUUAGACGGCCAGGUAAACCGAGCAGCAAUGGGGGGUCAACAACCUCGAGCCCAACCAGUCCUCCAACCCCUGUAGAAGAAACUAAAUGGCGUCGAGGACAGAGCGACGUUUGUUCGAGAUCAGGGAGAUACACAGGUCAAGUUCAAGUACAGCAGACUCCCAAGACGCCCUCAAUGUCAGAGGAAGAACUCAAGACACUGCUGACGGCCAGUCCACAAGAAGUUCUCUCCAAGCUUCUGAGCAGAAAACACGAAUGGUUGGCACUUUUAAAUCUAGACUCAUUCAAUGAUAAUGUAAUGACGUUAAUACUUGGUGUUUUGUCGUGUAUUUGUGAUUUAAAUGUAGAUCCAAAAGUAAAGCAGGAUAUUCAUAUGGUAUUCAGUAUGAUAGAGUCUGAAGGGUUUCUCAGUAAACAUUUGACGAGAUACUUAGUAGGUUUGUCCACACAACAGCCGCAUGAUGAUCAAGAAAGAGAUAGUGAAACCCUUGCAAACAGUAUCAAAAUGAUUUUGAAAUUUCUGCAAGUUUUCCUUGAACACAAGCCAGAAAUUUAUGGUGAAAUGGGCGUGGUUCUGAUUCUUCUCGAGAAGGCUGUUUCCCUGACAGUGGUAGAAUCUUGUACUGACAUCAAUCAUAAAGGUCAUAGUUACAUGAUCCAGGUACAGCAGUUGAAAGAAUGCUAUCAUGCACUGGACGAGUCUCAUCAGAUAAAACAACACGUUAAGGCACGGCAGCCACCAAACAACUUCAGAGAGAUUCCAAUCAUCCCCGACAGUUUAGAGAUUCAGAAACCAACAAAGCCAUUCUUACGAAAGAACAUCUUAAAGGGAAGGUAUCAAGACGUCGAGCAUUAUCUUGAUGUGCAGUUCAGGUUGUUGAGGGAGGACUUUGUCGCACCGUUACGGGAAGGUAUCGCAGAGUUUCUCUCUAAAGUAAACAAUCAUCAUCAAGACAUUCGGGUGUAUCGCAAAGUCUCCGUUCAAGGUCAGAAGAUUGGGAAAAGAGGUCAGUUCACCCUGGAGUUUGAUGUCAAAGGUCUCAACCGUAUCAACUGGCAAACCAGCAAGCGUCUGAUAUAUGGUUCAUUCGUCUGUCUCACGCAGGACAAUUUCAAGAGCAUUUUAUGUGCGUCUGUGGCAGAUCGGAACACGAAGGACUUGGAAAAAGGUCUGGUUGAUGUUUGUUUUCUUACCGAGUCUAGUAGAACGCCUACAGGUACCUUUGUCAUGGUCGAAUCUGCAGCUUAUUUUGAAGCCUAUCGACACGUCUUACUAGGGCUACAACGAAUGAAUAGCGACAAUUUCCCUUUUGAAAGGUACAUUGUGAAUGUUUCAUGUAAUGUUAGAACACCCAAGUAUCUGAGCGAAGACUGCUCUGAUGUGUAUGACCUACGACCAUUGGUUGUUGCAACUGAUCAGGUCUUUGAAGAUGAGGGUCUGACUGAAACCUUCGUAAAUGCAGCCUGUGUGUCAAUUUUAGAUCCACAAAGUUGGCCGACUGCAGAGGCCUUACAUCUUGAUGAGUCACAGAAGGCAGCUGUGCAGGCAGCGUUGACGAAGGAGUUUGCCAUCAUCCAAGGUCCACCAGGAACGGGGAAGACUUACAUUGGUCUCAAGAUCAUCGAAAUACUUCUGUGCAAUACACCUACAACUCCAGACGCGUCUCCAAUUCUUGUGGUGUGCUACACAAACCAUGCCCUGGAUCAGUUUCUGGAGGGAAUUCUAAACUUUGGUGAGGAGAAUCUGGUUCGUGUUGGAAGCCGAAGCAAAAGUGAAGUGCUUGAGUCUCGAAAUCUGUCCUAUCUAAAACGACAUCUAUAUCGCCUGUCUAAGAACAUGCAGCAAAGGGAAGUACUUAAAGAAACCGAAGCGAGUUUACACGAAACAAAAUCAGCAAUUCAUUGUACACUUCUAAAAGUGGCUUUUGCUAAAACGAUCAUAAUUCAAGUCGAGAAGCUAAACAAUGUCAUGAGCAACAUACAUCAACAAAGUUUUCAAAAGAAUAAGAAGAGACCUGAGGAUCCAACAACAAACCUUCUGAACUGGCUAAAUGUGGUUGAUAUCGAUCAUGAAAGUGAUAGCUCCGAUAUGUCGAAUUCAAAUGAAGAAAAAGAUGAAUUUAUUGACGUAGAGGAUGAAAGUGCACGGAUACAACAUGAACGCCGAAUCGAUGAUGAAGAUGACUCGAGAGUUUCCGAAGAACAGCGAAAGCAAAAUGAGCUUUCCGUAUUGAGACAAAAUGCAGCAUACAGCACUGAAUGUAAGAAACGCUGUGGUUCAAAUUUGGAGUCCACCCCGAAAGAAGAACUUAAGAAGGGCGACAUGAUGUCCGAUAGAGAAGCUUCUAGUGUCACAAAUGUAUGGAGUCUGACGUUAAGCGAUCGUUGGCGGCUUUACAGACUCUGGGUUAAGAAGUACAUUGAAGAGCAGGAGGAGAUGCUGACGGGUUACCGCAUAAGUUAUGACAGCCUUUCAAAGGAAAUUCAAGCUGUGAAAAACAACGUAGAUUUUGAAGUUCUCUCAAAAGCAAGAGUGAUUGGAAUGACGACAACAGGUGCGGCCAGAUGUCAGUCGGUUCUGCAGCUUCUUGGUCCUCGUAUUGUGAUAGUGGAAGAGGCUGCUGAAGUUCUUGAAGCUCAUAUCAUCACCGCCCUGGCUGCAAAAUGUCAGCAUCUUAUUCUGAUUGGAGAUCAUCAGCAGCUGAAGCCAAACCCAACAGUCUAUCGCCUGGCUAAGGUCUUUAAUAUGGAUACCUCCUUGUUUGAACGGAUGAUCAACAAUGGCGUGCCUUGUCAAACAUUGAACCACCAGCAUCGUAUGCGUCCUGAAAUCUCAAAACUCAUGAAGAAACAUUUUUAUAAAAAUCUUCACGACGAUGAGUCUGUGAUGGAUUUCGAUGACAUCAAAGGAGUAGCACAUAACAUGUUUUUCAUUGAUCACAAUCAGUUUGAAGAUGAGGGUGAUGACAACAAAACCAAGUCCAAUCAGCAUGAAGCGGAGGUCCUUGUCGAGUUGUGUAGGUACUUGUUACAUCAAGGAUAUCAGCCCAAACAGAUUACCAUUCUAACCACCUACUUGGGUCAACUCUUCACCUUUAAGAAACUUAUGGAUAAAGGGACCUUCGAGGGAGUUCGGGUGUCUGUGGUUGACAAUUUCCAGGGAGAAGAAAAUGACAUUAUAAUUUUGUCUUUGGUUCGAAGCAACGAAGAGGGCUCCAUCGGGUUCCUGAAGACUUCAAAUCGUGUUUGUGUUGCUUUGUCUAGAGCUCGCAUGGGUUUCUACUGUAUUGGCAACGCCAACAUCCUGAGAAAGUCUUCUAUCUGGAGUAGCAUACUAAGAACCCUUGAAGAUGAGAAGAAAAUUAGCUCCUCGCUUGCAUUGGUUUGUCAAAACCAUUUAGUAGUAACAGCGGUAGCGUCGGCCAGAGAUUUCAAGGAGAAGGUUCAAGACGGAGGUUGUGGCGAGCCAUGUGGGUACAGGCUUCCAUGUAAUCACAUAUGCAAAUUACACUGCCAUCCCUUUGAUCAAAACCAUAUAGUUUACAAGUGUCAAGAGCCCUGCUCAAAGUUAUGUAGAAGAGAGGAACACACGUGUCCGCUGAAAUGCUAUGAGGAAUGCACACCAUGUUCGACAAACGUACACAAACUGAUGCCAAAGUGUGGUCAUGUUAUUCAGGUUGAAUGUGAGAUGUUUGAUUCAGUUACUUGUACCGAACCAUGUCCUAGAUCACUGCCAUGUGGGCAUCCAUGUAGGAAGGCGUGCGGAGAUUCGUGUCCUACUUGUUGUAUUGUCGAGGUUUCUAAAUCGAUGCCAGAGUGUGGUCAUGUUAUCCAGGUUCAAUGUCGUUGGUAUGAGUCAAUCACUUGUACAGAACCAUGUCCUAGGUCACUGUUAUGUGGACAUCCAUGUGGAAAGAAGUGUGGUGAUGUAUGCACUAGUCAGUGUACCGUCAAGGUUUCUAAACACGUUACAAAGUGUGGCCAUGACGUCGUGAUGGAAUGUAUCAAGAACCCCGACUUAACGCCCUGUACUCAUCUAUGUGACAAGUUGUUGGUAUGUGGCCAUCGUUGCCCCAAAAAGUGCAGCGAGUCAUGUCCAGAGGAAAGAUUAGAUGACGACAAGAUGAUGAAGCAUUUAAGGAUCCAUUUAAAUUUCAAAUCCUUUUGCAAAGAGAAGUGUGAGCGGCCAUUGCCUUGCGGCCAUCCCUGUCCUAAUAAAUGUGGCGAACCGUGCCCAAAGGAAACAGUGGACCCAACCUAUGGUGAAUACAUGAAGCUUUACAAAAAAGUUCAUGGUUAUAUUAUUGUUGCCGGCAAACUGUUUAUGGUGUGUACCCAAAUCACGAAUAAAAAGCUUCCUGGGUGUGAUCAUACAGUAGCAGUGCCUUGUCAUGCUGAUAUUACGUCAUUAACUUGCAAAGAGACCUGUAAUAAAGAGUUAUCAUGUGGUCAUCGGUGCAAAGAUAAAUGUGGCGUCCCCUGCAAAUGCAAACUGAGAGUCAACAGAAAGCUUCCAUCUUGUGAACAUUCUGCUUGGCUCCCUUGCUACCAAGAUGUCAACUCCUAUCAAUGUGUGAAGAAGUGUCAGAAAAUGUUACCAUGUGGGCAUCCAUGUUCCAAUACAUGCUGUGAACCCUGCCCAAGGGAUGGAGAAGACGCCCAAACUGAGAGCACUCGAAACUCACCAGCAAAGGCCUGUCAACGCUCUGUGAGGAAGAAGUUUAGAGGCUGCCACCACAGUGUUGUACUCCCAUGUUAUAAAGACGUUGAGUCGGUCGUAUGUGCAGAAAGGUGUACCAAAGUGUUGUCGUGUAGUCACAAAUGUCCAAACCGAUGUGGCGAUCCAUGUCCAAGUAGCAACCCUAAGAAGACAGACACUUACUGUGACUGGAUUGAUGAUGGCAACAGUUCAUCUGAACAAGAUGACCUCUAUGUCAGAAAAUGCCAACAGAUUGUGAACAAAAAGAUACCUUCUUGCGGUCACGUCAUAGAAAGUCAAUGCUAUAAAAGCGUUGAAUCACUGGUAUGCCCAAAGCCCUGUGAGAAGAUUCUUCCAUGUGGUCAUCAAUGCGAAAACAAAUGUGGGGAGCCGUGCCCGAACGAAGAAUGUACAUCCAGUGACGACGAAGAGGAAAUGAAUGAGAACGAAUUUGUAAAACAGAGUUGUCAAGUCACCGUACACAAGCAGCUACCUGACUGUUUGCAUUUUAUGAAUCUUCCGUGCUACAAGAAAGCAGAGUCCGUUGAAUGUUCAAAUACAUGUGAGAAGAUACUGAAGUGUGGUCACAAAUGUCCAAACCGAUGUGGCGAUCCAUGUCCAAGUAGCAACCCUAAGAAGACAGACACUUACUGUGACUGGAUUGAUGAUGGCAACAGUUCAUCUGAACAAGAUGACCUCUAUGUCAGAAAAUGCCAACAGAUUGUGAACAAAAAGAUACCUUCUUGCGGUCACGUCAUAGAAAGUCAAUGCUAUAAAAGCGUUGAAUCACUGGUAUGCCCAAAGCCCUGUGAGAAGAUUCUUCCAUGUGGUCAUCAAUGCGAAAACAAAUGUGGGGAGCCGUGCCCGAACGAAGAAUGUACAUCCAGUGACGACGAAGAGGAAAUGAAUGAGAACGAAUUUGUAAAACAGAGUUGUCAAGUCACCGUACACAAGCAGCUACCUGACUGUUUGCAUUUUAUGAAUCUUCCGUGCUACAAGAAAGCAGAGUCCGUUGAAUGUUCAAAUACAUGUGAGAAGAUACUGAAGUGUGGUCACAAAUGUCCAAACCGAUGUGGCGAUCCAUGUCCAAGUAGCAACCCUAAGAAGACAGACACUUACUGUGACUGGAUUGAUGAUGGCAACAGUUCAUCUGAACAAGAUGACCUCUAUGUCAGAAAAUGCCAACAGAUUGUGAACAAAAAGAUACCUUCUUGCGGUCACGUCAUAGAAAGUCAAUGCUAUAAAAGCGUUGAAUCACUGGUAUGCCCAAAGCCCUGUGAGAAGAUUCUUCCAUGUGGUCAUCAAUGCGAAAACAAAUGUGGGGAGCCGUGCCCGAACGAAGAAUGUACAUCCAGUGACGACGAAGAGGAAAUGAAUGAGAACGAAUUUGUAAAACAGAGUUGUCAAGUCACCGUACACAAGCAGCUACCUGACUGUUUGCAUUUUAUGAAUCUUCCGUGCUACAAGAAAGCAGAGUCCGUUGAAUGUUCAAAUACAUGUGAGAAGAUACUGAAGUGUGGUCACAAAUGUCCAAACCGAUGUGGCGAUCCAUGUCCAAGUAGCAACCCUAAGAAGACAGACACUUACUGUGACUGGAUUGAUGAUGGCAACAGUUCAUCUGAACAAGAUGACCUCUAUGUCAGAAAAUGCCAACAGUUUGUGAACAAAAAGAUACCUUCUUGCGGUCACGUCAUAGAAAGUCCAUGCUAUAAAAGCGUUGAAUCACUGGUAUGCCCAAAGCCCUGUGAGAAGAUUCUUCCAUGUGGUCAUCAAUGCGAAAACAAAUGUGGGGAGCCGUGCCCGAACGAAGAAUGUACAUCCAGUGACGACGAAGAGGAAAUGAAUGAGAACGAAUUUGUAAAACAGAAAUGCCAAGUCACCGUUUCCAAGCAGCUACCUGACUGUUUGCAUUUUAUGAAUCUUCCGUGCUACAAGAAAGCAGAGUCCGUUGAAUGUUCAAAUACAUGUGAGAAGAUACUGAAGUGUGGUCACAAAUGUCCAAACCGAUGUGGCGAUCCAUGUCCAAGUAGCAACCCUAAGAAGACAGACACUUACUGUGACUGGAUUGAUGAUGGCAACAGUUCAUCUGAACAAGAUGACCUCUAUGUCAGAAAAUGCCAACAGUUUGUGAACAAAAAGAUACCUUCUUGCGGUCACGUCAUAGAAAGUCAAUGCUAUAAAAGCGUUGAAUCACUGGUAUGCCCAAAGCCCUGUGAGAAGAUUCUUCCAUGUGGUCAUCAAUGCGAAAACAAAUGUGGGGAGCCGUGCCCGAACGAAGAAUGUACAUCCAAUGACGACGAAGAGGAAAUGAAUGAAAACGAAUUUGUAAAACAGAAAUGCCAAGUCACCGUUUCCAAGCAGCUACCUGACUGCUGGCAUUUCAUGAAUCUUCCUUGCUACAAGAAAGCAGAGUCCGUUGAGUGUUCAAAUACAUGUGAGAAGAUACUGAAGUGUGGUCACAAAUGUCCAAACCGAUGUGGCGAUCCAUGUCCAAGUAGCAACCCUAAGAAGACAGACACUUGCUAUGACUGGAAUGAUGAUGGCAACAGUUCAUCUGAGCAAGAUGACCUCUAUGUCAGAAAAUGCCAACAGUUUGUGAACAAAAAGAUACCUUCUUGCGGUCACGUCAUAGAAAGUCAAUGCUAUAAAAGCGUUGAAUCACUGGUAUGCCCAAAGCCCUGUGAGAAGAUUCUUCCAUGUGGUCAUCAAUGCGAAAACAAAUGUGGGGAGCCGUGCCCGAACGAAGAAUGUACAUCCAAUGACGACGAAGAGGAAAUGAAUGAAAACGAAUUUGUAAAACAGAAAUGCCAAGUCACCGUUUCCAAGCAGCUACCUGACUGUUUGCAUUUUAUGAAUCUUCCGUGCUACAAGAAAGCAGAGUCCGUUGAUUGUUCAAAUCCAUGUGAGAAGAAACUGAAGUGUGGUCACAAAUGCCCAAAUGAAUGUGGUGAGACGUGUCUUGAGUCAGAACAGUGUGACGAGCUUGUGGAAAGGAACCUUCCUGGUUGUGGUCACAAAGUAAAAACAAACUGUAGCAGGAAUGUUAAACUAAUCACUUGCAGAGAGAAAUGUGAAAAGGUUUUGCAGUGCGGUCAUGUUAUCAAAUUAGCCUGCUGGAAAACAUCUUAUUCUGCAGCUAUUACUAUUUGUAUGUUGUGUUUGUAUGGAAAUAAAUGUUGAUUGAUUGAUUGAUUGAUUGAUUGAUUGAUUCUGCAGCUAUUACUAGUUGUCGGGAACCGUGCAGUCAUUUACUUCGUUGUGGUCACAACUGUCCCGGUACAUGUGGUUCCUGUGCAAGACCUGGAGGA